AUGACUGCAUCAAUGUCACUGAACCAUGUGGAGGCGGUCGGGUUACAAAGUAGAAUGUUCGGCACCUCUAUCCGAAGGUACAAUUGGGUAGAGGACAAGAGUGAAGCCAAUCGGCUGUAUAAUUCAUCUUUAACGACUACCCUGGCUUCCCUGAUCACAUGUACCGCAGCCUGUUCCAACGCAAUAGAUUGCACGGCAGCAACAUACAACAACAGCACCAAAGAAUGCAAUUGUAUAAACAAUACUACUAGUUUCACGUCGCAAUUAGGAAAUAUGCUAUGGAGGCGUAAAUUUGAUGGCUUUAUCUUUGAUGCGCAAUUGGGAUGGUAUAUUAGGCUCUUUGUUAAUACAUCACACACUCACGCUGAAGCGGAAUCGGUGUGUGGUAACCAUGGAGCAAGGCUGGCAGUCCUCGAUACAUCUGACAAGCUGAGCUACGUCACAGGACUACCUGACUAUAGACCUGAUAUAUUCUGCUAUGUUGGUGCAAUGGAUGAACAAAGUGAUGGACUUUUCACAUGGAGUACAGGUACUAGCGUAACGAAUUGGAUGUUGGAUGAACCGAACGGUUUGCAUUUGGAUGAAGAUUGUGUUGCAAUUUUUAACAACUAUCUUAUUGACCUUCCGUGUUCACAUUCAAACAAUUUCGUAUGCGAAAUUGAAUACAAAUAG